UAGAACAGAUUUGUCUACAGCUAUCCAAUCUUUCUUCUUUAACUCUUCACUUGGCCCAUCAUUCAUUCAAAGGCUCAGGAUCCUGCACACCUACAAUGGAGAAUGUGGUGUUAUUUGACUCACCUGGGAAAGGGAGAGGGUUGAAGGCUGCUAAGGAGCUUUGGGCAGGAGAUGUCAUUUUCUCUGAGGCCAGUCUAGCAGCUGUUGUGUUUGACAGUCUCACGGAGCGUAUUUGCCACAGUUGUUUCCGCAGACAAGACAAGCUCCAGAGGUGUGGACAGUGCAAAUUUGCUCAUUACUGUGACCGAACAUGCCAGCGUGCUGGCUGGGCUGAACACAAACAAGAAUGUGGUGCCAUUAAAGCUUAUGGAAAAGUACCAAAUGAGAACAUCCGAUUGGUGGCCCGCAUCAUGUGGCGCCUCGACAAGGAUGGGAGUGUGGUGUCUGACAUGCAGCUGACCACACUGGAAGAGCUGGAGGACCACAUCAAUGACAUGCAGGAGGAUGAGCUGAAGGAGUUAAAAGUGGACAUCCACAACUUCCUGGACUACUGGCCCAGAACCAGCAAGCAGCACACAAUUGACGAUAUCUCACACAUAUUUGGAGUGAUCAACUGUAAUGGCUUCACUGUGAGCGACCAGAAGGGGCUUCAGGCAGUCGGAGUUGGUCUUUUUCCUAAUUUGUGCCUCGUCAACCAUGACUGUUGGCCAAACUGCACUGUGAUCCUCAACCAUGGCAAUCAAUCGGCUGUGAAUACUAUGUUUCAUUCUCAACGGAGGAUUGAGCUGCGUGCCUUGGGUAAGAUCGAAGAAGGAGAGGAGAUUAUGGUUGCCUAUGUGGACUACUUGAAUUUGUCAGAGGAACGACAGAGGCUUCUGAAAACACAAUACUUCUUUGACUGCACGUGUGAGCACUGCAAGGACAAAAUCAAAGAUGACAUGAAGCUGGGGGGAAGGGAAGUGGACGGAGUCAAGCCCCCAGAGGAGCAGGUGAAAGAGGCAACAGAUUACUGCUUUGAAAUGCUGGAGAAGAUGGACAAGGCCCGAUUAAACGGUGACUACCAUGAGGUGGUAAAAAUUUGCAAAGAGUGUAUAGAUAAGAUAGAGCCAGUUUUGGCUGACACUCACAUCUACUUGCUGAGGAUAUGGAGCACAAUGAGCGAGGUGAAAGCUUAUCUGCAGUACUUUGACGAAGCUGCAGAUUAUGCUCGCAAAAUGGUGGAGGGAUACAUGAAGUUAUACCACCCAAACAAUGCUGCCCUUGGUAUGGCUGCUAUGCGAGCAGGAGUGACACACUGGCAGGCUGGGCAGAUUGAGGUGGGACAUGGGAUGAUCUGUAAGGCCUAUGCCAUCCUCAUGGUCACACAUGGUUCAACACAUCCCAUCACUAAGGACCUUGAGGCGAUGCGUAUGCAGACAGAGAUGGAGCUGAGGAUGUUCAAACAGAACGAGUAUGUUUACCAUAGUAUGAGAGAGGCAGCUCUAAAAAACAAACCAAUGACCAUGAUGCAUGAGCCCAAGUCUGUGGAGGAGGGAAUCAAGAAUCUCUUCCACCGGAGGAAGUAGUGUAAUCAUGAGACUGUCUCGUUUACUAUAUUGGUGAGAAAGUUUGCACAUUUUCACAUGACCAAUAUUUGCGUUGCUCACAUUUUGUAGCUUCACUUUUCAUUAAAAUCCCUGGUCAAACUGGUCUCAUUUUCAUGAAGCAGAACACAUUUAUAAAAAUUCUUGCGGUUGCUCAUUGACAUCGCAUAAAGCAAGAUUUAGCGGGCACAUCUCAUCUGAGACAGUCUGCUGCUUACAAUGGGACUUCAUUACAGCUCACAUUUGUCCCAACUAGCUUUAACAAAACCUUAAGAUGCAGUAUAGCAGUAAAUUUUAGGACAAAUGGGUUUAUUCCAGUUCCUCGCCGCAGCAACUUUUCAAAGUGAGUUCCAGUCUUGACAGGAGUGGAUAAGAGAUUAAGAAAGAGCUGUAGUUUAGUGCUGCAGAUCCACACCACAUCUGUGAUCUGACUGAAUAUGAACAUUUCAACUGUGCAAUUACAGUCCAAGUUGACAUUGUCAAACAUACAUGAGCCGGAAGAUGUGAACACAUUUUAGUGAACAGAAAAACCACAAGACAGUAGCUGCCUUUAAAGUUUUUAUUAUCUCAAUUGUAGACACUUAAAUGCGCUUACUCGUCCUCUUGUACACAAUAUUGCCAAGAGUCAUUGUCUGUAGGGAAAGAAAGACAAGUUUUAAAAUUGUAAACCUAAGCUGCAACAUAAAGUCAAGUUACCAGUUAUGCCCACUCACAUUGACAAUUGUGUUUGCAUCCACAAGUUCUGUGAUGGACUCGAUUCCCUGCAGACAGACCUUCAGUUUGUUGCCUUCCCUCUGAACCACACCCUUUAGUACAGACAACGAAAAAGGGUGCAAUUUUAGUACUAAUUUUUCAUUGUACAGACAGUUUAAGUUUAGCAUUCUCGAUUACCUUAAUCUUUUCUCCGGUUAUGGACUCCAGCUCAGUCUCCUGUCCAAUUGUAAAGGUGUUGUUGAUCACUUUUGAGCCGGUCGUGAUUGUUACUUUGAAGUUGUUACCAUUUUCCUCAAUCUCAGAGAUGCUCUUGGCAUCUUUGCCUUUCUGGAUGAGUUCAUCAGGAAGCCCUGUGACAGAGAACUAGGUAAGAACACACAAAAGUAAUGGUUGCCAACACACUGAAAACAAAGACGUUGCAAAACUUUCCUGAAGAAGUACAGCUUACCAAGGGCCUUCAUGAAAGCCUCAAAGUUCUCAUGAGCCUCCAGCUGGUACUUUCCAGAGAAAGACAUGGUGGCAAACAGUGAAGGUGGAGCAAGAGGUGGUUUUCUGUCUCUUUUAUAUUCUUAGACUAGAGGGGUUUAAUGAUUAACUACAGGUGACUCUAAUUAAGGUAGCUCAUGUCCACUUCAUGCAGCAGAACCCACAGAGAAGAUUGACAACAGCAGAUAAGGGCCAGCAUUGUGAUAAAAGAAGCAAAGGGCAAAGUGACCAAAGUUUGGUAAUCCUCAGUGCAGAGGAGAAAACAGUGUUUUAUGCAUGCAAAUGUGAGUAAUGGUCUUUAGUAAAACACUAAAGCUUGAUGGCAUUGCAUAUGUCAUACCUAGGGAUGAUGAAGCUGAAGCCUGUCUGUCAUCAAAUUGAUUCACUUCUUCAGAGCAUUUGAUGCAACCAAAAAGAAACAUCUCCUAGCUCUGCAUGUUUGAUGCAAAUAAAAUGAAGCAUUAAUAGUACAAUACUGUCAUAAGUCUCCCAGUGUCAUCUUUAAGUGUUCAGUAAGAGAUAUAUCUUCAACCCCUAUUUCUUCUGUUGUUAAUACAAAUUAUGAAAAACAGACUGUUAAGUUACUAUGAUUAAGGCAACAUUAUAGGGUGAUGGUGUAAUUUAAGUCAAACUAACUUUAAGCUAAAUCAGUGUUUUUAAAUGCGAAGAGUAGGUGAAAAUGGGUUGUGUUACUGUAUUCCUAGAGUUGUAUUGUAAGGGAUUGAAACCCUUUUUACCACAUUAAUACAAUGACAAGCCCAGCUUUGGUUGAGGUCUCAGCUGGUGUGGUCACAUUACUUUUGGCAUGCUGAAGCAACGGAUCGAAACAGACGUCACAACACUUCCACCUCAUAAUAUCAAUACAGAGUCGAGCAGAUGGGCUCGAGCACAAGUCAUACCCCAACAGUUGCUGACAUAAGAUGUUUCUGUCCCUUUUCAAAUGGAGAUUUUUGUCUCUGUUUGCUUCCUUGCUUCCUUCCAUCUACACUGAUUUCUGUUCCUCUUUUUCAUUUUUUCUCUGUUUUUAGCAGCUUUCUCUAAAAACUUCUAUUCUUUAUGGAAUUUUCUAUUUUCUUUGUCUUUAUUAGGACACCCUUAUAUUAGAUGAUAUAUGAGAAAAAUAAGUAUUGCAGAUAUUAAUCUCUGUUGAAUGCCAUCCUUUAAAUCAGAUUGUGUUCAUAAGACAAAGUAAAAAAAUAGUUUUACAUACUUGUAUUGCUCUUGUUUUUAAGUCCAUAAUAAAUGCUUUUUUUUUGCUGUUAUAGUUUGUAAAUUAGAUAAAUGUUCUCUCUUUUAAUUAGUUUUCAAAGAAGCGGCACUGAUAUAUUUGCACUGCCUCUUAGCAGCUGGUGAAACCCUCUUUGUGCACCCUUACACAAUGUGAACUAUGGCCCAUAUUUGAUCCAAAUGUACUUUAGUUUGAUGAUGUCAAUAUUCAAGAUAAGAUAUUUUAAGGUUAGAGAGAACUCUUGCAGAACAGAUUGACAUUUGACCAAAUAACUAUCCGGUGCAACUUUAUUCAUGAGUGUUUUAAAGUGUUACUGUAUGUCGUGUUUAAACUAAAUGUAAUGUUUGCUUGUACAUGUUCCUGUAGUUUAACAAUAAAGUUAGAAAAAUAGAAAGAUAAUUAUCAUACCUGUUGCAACAUUGAUACUGUGACACUGAGAUUGCCACAAACACACACAGAGUGUGGAUCUGAAAGAUAAAAGCGACUCUUGGCUUUGUACUUUUAGUGAUAGUGAAUAUAAUUCAACACAGUGCUUGAUAACGCUAAUGCUGACUUGUUGUUUACU